AUGGUGAUGAGUGCCACUGUGGAGACCACCUCCAGACCAUCCCCAGACAAAGACAGACCACCUCCAGACCAUCCCCAGACAAAGACAGACCACCUCCAGACCAUCCCCAGACAAAGACAGACCCACCUCCAGACCAUCCCCAGACAGAGACAGACCACCUCCAGAUCAUCCCCAGACAAAGGCAGACCACCUCCAGACCCCAGACAGAGACAGACCACCUCCAGACCAUCCCCAGACAAAGACAGACCACCUCCAGACCAUCCCAGACAAAGACAGACCAGACCAUCAGACCAUCCCCAGACAGAGACAGACCCUCCAGACCAUCCCCAGACAGAGACUGACCACCUCCAGACCAUCCCCAGACAAAGACAGACCACCUCCAGACCAUCCCCAGACAAAGACAGACCACCUCCCAGACCAUCCCCAGACCACCUCCAGACCAUCCCCAGACCAUCCCCAGACAAAGACAGACCACCUCCAGACCAUCCCAGGACCAUCCCCAGACCAUCCCCAGACCACCUCCAGACCAUCCCCAGACCACCUCCAGACCAUCCUCAGACAGAGACAGACCACCUCCAGACCAUCCCCAGACCACCUCCAGACCAUCCCCCUGUAAUGAGGGAUCACUUAGGGGGAAUUUCUUAA